GGCAGAGCGGAGUCGCGCCUCGCGUAGUGUGCACAGAACGACCCGGGGUUUCUUUUUUUUUUAUUAAAAAAAAUACACUUCUCGAAGAACGUAUUAAACGAACCCGUGUGAAUAAAACGUCUUUUAUCGACGUCGAUUAAGUCGAUUCAAAGGAAAAACUCAGUUGAAGAGAUGCGGUUCGCCGCGGUGGUGUUGGUCGCGUCCGUCGUCUUGGCGGUCGGAAGCGCCGAGGGCAAACGCAAGAGGAAGUUUGACGGAGACUUCGAGUUCGCCGAAGAGGAUGAUGUUAAAUCAACAAAAUCAUCGGGAGAAAAGAAACGAUGGAUUCAUGAUCCAACAAGCGAUCUUUGUAGACCGUUAAAUUGCAAGAAAAAAGAAAUGUGUUUACUUGAAGAUGCUUUUACAGCGGUUUGCGUUUCCAAGAAGGAAUUACAAAAAAACGGUGACGUUGUAAUACCGAAAUCAAUGGCUCAAAUUGAAGAUAGAAAACGAUUAGAAACCCGAAAUGGAGGUGGUGAAGAAACGGAUGACGAUGUCUUUUACGAUACUGAAGAUGAUUCAGACGAUGAUGAAACCGAAGAGGAUCUAAGCGAUUCAAUAACGUGUAAACCAUGUCCAGUAGUGAAACCAACGUUUCUUUGCGGUUCCGAUAAUCGAACAUAUUCGUCUUUAUGCCGAUUGGAUUAUCACAACUGUAUUCAUCAUACAAAUAUACGGGUGGGAUGUAAAGGUUUUUGCCCGUGUAAAACUGAGACGACAGACGUUCAUUUACGCAAAAAACAACGUCAGCAAGAACGUCUAAACUCAUUUAUGAAUAAAUACAAAGCGACUUUAGAUAAAAGCGGAACAAAUUCCGGUUCGAUAACCGUAGGGAAACCAGCGCCAUCAUCAAAAUCAGAUUCGGUUUAUACAUUUACUCCACAGGAUUUUAAAUACGAAAAUAAACAUUAUAAAUAUAUAAAAUACACGAAAUUCAAUAAAGAUAAUAACGGUUAUUUAUAUUCUUCUUCUUCUGAUGAUAAAGAUAAAAUUUAUAAUGAAGUAAUUGAUAAUAAAUUAUUUAAUAACAAUUUAAAUAUGAUCCCCGCUACACCCCCAGCGAAAGAAUGUUCCGUUUCCGCUUUACAAUCGAUGGGGAAUCGAUUACUCGAUUGGUUCUCUGUGAUAAUGGCCGAUUCGUCGAAAAGACGGAGAAAUAGAAAUAAAUCGAAAAAGGGAAUCGCGAUUUAUUUCCCCCCGGUUUGUAAGGGCGAAGUGCGGUGGAUGUUUCAACAUUUAGAUUUAAACGGUGACGGCCGGUUGAAUUUACAAGAAUUAUACGAUUUAGAACACGAUCAGAACGAGGUAUGUUUGAAACCGUUUUUACAACAAUGUGAUGUCAACAGGGAUUUUAACGUGACACCGAACGAAUGGUGUCGAUGUUUUCAACGAACUGAACGACCGUGUGCUGCUGUUAAACGCAAAAUUACCCCGGAUUUAUUAGGUGCGUACAUUCCCGAAUGUGACCAACAAGGUUAUUAUAAACCAACACAAUGCCACGGUGCGAUAGGAAUGUGUUGGUGUGUUGAUAAACACGGCGUUGAAUUCGCAAAUACCCGUACACAUUCAAAACCAAAUUGUGAAAAUUUGGUAAAUAAAGCUGAUGAUUUGCAACCAAAUAGUGGUAAGAAAAAUAAUAAUAAAAAUUCAGAAACGAAUGAUGAUGAAGAUGGGGAUGAUGUUGAUCAAGAUAUAGAAGGGAGCGCGGAUCAUCCGGAUAAUUAUUAAAUUAUUAAAAAUUUAAGAUCUAAUUGAAAUGAUUAAGAAAAACUGUCCAUUUUUUCGAAAGAUUCUCGGUUUUUCUCGCUUGGUUUUUUGUUGUCGUCGAUUUCUCAUCGUCUCGAUAUAUUUAAAUUACAAAAAAAAAAGAAAAUGUAAGAGUAGCGUGUACGAAUGCGAGAUUAAAACCGACGAAAAAAGCUUUUUAGCGUCGUACUGAGUGUGUAACAUUCCUCUAAUAAACGGCUUUUAAAUAACUAUUAUUAUUAAAAAAAA